AUGGCUCCACAGAGCGCGUUCCUUGGCGAGAAAGCACUCUUACCUCAGAGACUGCAGCUCCGCUUCCGGAAGCCCUGGCGCCUCCUGCAAGGCGCCCUGGCAGGUAGAAAGGGAGCUGCUCCCAGAGGCGGGGGAGCAUUUGGAGGAGAACCCAACCUCAGUGCUACUGGGCAGGAGUUUGGAGAGCAGUCGCCAACGACCUGUCCUGUGUCCGCCGUGCAGCGGAAGGUGCCCGACGGAGAAGAGGAGGUGAGGGCCGAGUACGCCCACGGUCCCCGCAGCCCUUGGCUGGGGGGGUCUGUGUGUGUCUGCCAGCGGCAGGGGGAAGGCAGCUGCCUGGACCGAGGCACGUGUGCUGCUGGGGCUGGUGCAGCCAUGCUGGCAGAAGCGGUGAAGGAAGACCUCCGCAUGCUCCGGGAGCGCCUGGCCCAGUGUUCUGCGGAGUCCGUAAGGCACAAGGAGCUGCUGCGGUGUCUGGGGAAGAAGCAGCAGGAGCUGAGGGAAGCCAUGGAGGAGCUCAGGAGAGAGAACUGUGAUGUGGCGCGGUGUUUCCGAAACAACCGCCAGGAGCUCCAGGAGCUGGAGGGGCUGGUGGCCCAGACAAAGGAGCACUUUCAGAUGGAGAACGGGGAGGCAGGCGUGAGCGUGGAAGAGGCGCAGAAGGCAGCAGAGGCUCUGGGGACUGAUGGAGGAGCUAGCAGAGAUUCUCUGCAGAGCUCCACACAAAUGGCAAACAGGAAGGAGCUCCUGCAGCAUAUGGAGGAGAUCCAUCAGGAUCUGCAUCACACCAUAGAGAAGUUCAGCAGUGAGGGGGACAAGCACUACGCCCGGAUGAAGGCCUGGCUGCAGGCAGACAAGCAGGAGAAUGAGGCACUGCGUCAGGAAAUAAAGAAGCUUGAGGAGGCACUGGAGCAGGAAGAGACCUGCCAGCGGCAGAGCAAGGAGGAGGCAGAGGCGCCGGGGACUGUACUGCCAGAGGCGAUGGAAGCACAGCUGGAGAGGGACAUGCUGGUGAGGAGAGGCGGCUUCAUGUAUUGGCUGCAGAUACUCUGCCUAUUCUUGGUCAGCCUGCAGCUGGCCGCCGGCUUUGCUCUGGUUGCUGUGGUGCUCUACGCCUCCUGGUGCGACCCUGAGCUCUUCUACCACCUGCUGUCACGUGUGCUGUCUCAGGAGAACUACACCGCCCUGGCAUAUGCACUGGGAAAGAUCCUCCCCGUGGCCAGUGAGGGGCUGCUGCCCUUUUGA